AUGCCCGGCUACGGGAUUGCGCCUCCUGCCGUCCGAGCCCUGAAGCCGCCUAGAGCCGAGGAGGCUGCCAAGCCGGCGAAAGUGGCGGAGGCGGCGGCAGCAGCGGCUCCUGCAGCGAGCAGCCGGGACUUGGAAGUGCGCGCCGCCGCCGCCGCCUCUCUGCCCGCGGCGGUGCGAGGCGCGCUGGAGCUGGCGGAAGCCCGGCGGCGGCUAUUGGAGGCGGAGGGCCGGCGGCACCUGGUCUCGGAGCUGGAGAGCCGCGUCCAGCACCUGCACCGCGUCUUCAUCGAGGCCGAGCUGCGCAUGGCCACCCGGGCCGAGACUCUGGGCCGCCUGGGCAGCGGCGUGGCUCAGGCCGAGCUUCACCUCACGGCGCACGGGCAGCGCCUGAAGAAGACGGCGCGGCGCUACAAAAAGGCCCGCCCGCCCGCCUUCUUGGCCUCGGCGCUGGCCCUCAGCAGCUGCGUGCCUUGGGCGGCCUGCCGGAUGAGGCGAGGGGGCGGCCCAGAGCCGCCGGAAUCCCCAUUCCGGAGGAGUUUGCCCGGCACGGCGGAACGGAGCGAGACGGAGCCGCGGAAGAGCAGAGCCGGCGCUUCGUGAGCAUCCCCGGGAAGAUUGCAGGCGACAGGGAAAGACUAGAUGACCUCCAAGGUCCCUUCCAGCUCUAUUCUGAUCGUUUGGUUGAUGGACGUAUCGCGCGCCAAACCUGGCACGAUCCCGCUCGGGAAGGGGAAAGGAAAUGGGGACUGUGCGGCGGCAGCUGUUCCUCCCUUCGAUGCUCGUGACUCUAACCGCAUUAACCGGUGGCUGCUCGCCUGCCCAUCAUCUUCCGCGGACUGGCUUCUGCCCAGCCUGUUAGACUUUGCUAAACUCGAGUUUGAUAGAUGCCACAGAUUUAGUUUAUGCUACACAUCAAGCCAACAUAUUAAACCAGCAUCUAGUAGUUCUUUGGGCAUGGCGUGUUACAUGAAUACCACAAUUGCGUUUUGUUGGCUCACGGUGAAGCGUCUUGUGUGAAUUCAGCAAACGGAUGGGGUUGGAGAAAUGUUUUAUAGCCUAGAGUAAUAUCGGAAAGAGUACAGGGACAUCAAUAAUUUUCACAUUAUCCAUAAAUUAUGGAAUGAAUGAAUCCUGUGUGGAUUUGAAAUUAACGCCCUGAAAUGAAAUGCAGAGCAUAUAUUUUAGGGUGGUGGUGUGGGAAACCUUCCAAUUAUUUUUCAACAUAAUUCUUUUAAAAUAAUAUUGUGAUUGAAAUUCAAGUUAUAUCUAAAUUUUCUAGGUAGAGGAGAUGCUUGCCAGAUGACAUGAAUUCCAAUGUUCAUCUGCCUAGCUUGAUAUGUUAAAUUAUUUUAACCAUUUUUGCAAUAUUCCGUACUUGAGUUCACAUUUUUAACGCAGAGGAUUGAUGAUGUGCCCAAAAGCAGUAAUCAUUCUUAUUGUUAUUAUUUUAAAAAGCUAGGUCAGUUCAUGUUCACACAAUUGUCAACCUUGUUUUGCAAUUCUACCAACAUACUUAAAAGGAACAAAAGCCCUAAAAUUAGUUCAGGCAUAAACAACAUAUUUUAGUAAAUUGAGAUCUCUCUCUCUCUCCUCAUCCCUCUCCCCCCCCCCCUCACACAAACACCAGCUUUGCAGUUAUUUAGCUGUAGCUUCUGAGAAGCAGAGGUUGGAAACAGCCAGAAGGUGGAUUGUGCGCUGGCUUGCUUUGAUAAGGUUACCCUCAUUUCUAAUCAGCAGGACAACAAUUGCUUUGCUUUGAUCUGUGUCUCUUAGAAUGCUUUUUAGUCCAUCCUUCUCUGACAGCAUCAGUUCUCUGAAUCCUUAGUCAUCAUGGCCACUGUUGAAGGUUGCUUGACUCAGUGGGAAUCCAGGGAGAAUACUGAUGGACUUCUAGGUAGCCUGGAAGACCAGAAACAGCUGUAUGUUUCUGCCAGAUUUUUAAAGCAAAGAGUAGCUUUAAAUGCCUUCAGGCCCUUAUGUGCUGAUAGACAGUCAUAGGAUUCUUUUUGACAUAAAUGAAAAAUGUAUGUGCAUGGGCAGAAUUAAGUGAUUAGGACUGUUUUUUUUUUACACUUUCAAUACAAGUUUCUUGGUCUUUUGAAUUCAUGCAGUGUGUUAAUCUGAAACACAAUAUGCAGAAAAUGUUGCAACAUUGGUCUUUUCUUUAGCAGGCUUGGGGGGAGGGGUGUAGGGCGUACACACACACACACACACACACACACACACACACACACUCUGCUUCUUUGAAGCUGAACACUAAAAUGUUUUUCAAAACAUGAAUAACCCAUCCUAAAAACGCUUUUGGAGAAAAGUCCCGCUAAGUUUCGGUUGGGUAACUCCAUCACUUUAGAACUGAUAUUUGUACAGUCUAAGCAACAUAAGAGCCAAUUUGGUAAGGUGGUUAAGGCCCCCAGGCUACAAACUGGGAGACAGUGAGUUCUAGUGUUACCUUAGGCACAGAGGCAAAUGUGGGCCAGUCCCUCUCUCUCAGCCCUGGGAAAAAGACAAUGGCAAACCACUUCUGAAAUCUUGCCAAGAAAACUGCAGGGACUCAUCUAGGCAGUUGCUAGGAAUCAGCACUGAUUUGAAGGUGCACGCAAGCAGCAACUGUGGUAAUUGCAUCAUAUACCAGUCCAAUUCCCAAAACACAAGUGUUUAAAAUUUGGCUCAUUUUUGCAUUCGAGACAGUCGUGCUAAUUUAGACAGCAAUCAAAACUAUACAGAUGUAUAGCAUUUUAUUGUUCACUGUAUUCCUUUUCCACGUGUGGGGUAAGUAGCAGUACGGAAGCAGGAAGAGCUGAUUGAGGGAAAAGAAAGGCCCUGCAAAAGUUUAAUUGGCAAUUCCCUGAAAAAUAUUGUUUCCCUGUCUAGAAAAUUACUGGUAUUACAUAAGUUGCAGUACUAUGAUCAGUGUUCAAAAAGUUUUAAAACUUCUGAUUAUUACCUAUCUGGAGGACGCUAACUUGAGGAAAAGUUGAUUUGGACUUUGGUGAUGUUAUCCAUGGAUUAGGACAUGCAAACAACCCAUGUCAUUAAAAAAAAUAGCUCUUAAUGGUUGCAUGUCAGGUUUUAUUAAAGGCAGUGGAAUAGGACUGAGAGAUGGUGAUGAAAGGUGGAAAUCCUGGGUAGGAAUUAAUUAUAAUUAAAUGCUGCCUUGACUGAAAAUUAUAAAUGCUAGAAUGAAACCAAAAAAAACCCACAUUCUCUGAUUAAGUUAGGUUUUCCCUGAAGAAUGUCUAUUACCUGAGCAUAUAUUACUUUCUUCUUGAAAAUAUACAGCAUAGGAGCUUAACAGUAGAUGGACUCACCACCAUAAUUAAUUUGGUUAUUGGAUUUAUCUUUUUUUCGGGGUUGACGUACAUUGAAUCAUUUAACUGGCUGGGUUCAUGCAACACACUGAAAAUGAAUUAAAAACUAAGCUAUCUGAACUUAAACAUGCAAUGUAAAUACAGCUGCUAGAUAUUUAGCUGACCGUGCUAAGUAAAUUCUCCCACAGCAGUCCAUGUAAUACUAAAACGUAUAUGCAGAAUUAAAUUCUGUAGAAUUCGACAUUUUGUAAUCCCGGCUAAGUGGGCAUAGAAUCGCAGCCUAAAAAAGCCCAGCCCUUUGGCCCAGCAGAUGGCUUGUUAAACAGCUUUUAUUUAUAGAGUAAAAAAGUAGAUUGGAUAAAGAAAAGUGGGCAGAGUUUUCAAAUGUACUUUGAG